AUGCCUUACUUCCCCAACCCUUGGUUGUUCCAGCAAGCUCCACCCCAGCAAUUCCAAUCUCAAUCCCAAUCGAAGAGAGCCCAAGAGUUCGAAGAAGGUCUGAACCGUUUACGCAAAGAUUAUGCCACAGCCCCGAUGGAAGACGACAGGCUUUCAGUCUCUUCCCUAAGGUCGACCAAUUCGACUCGUACCACAGAUUCGGUUCGUGACCGUGAAGACUACCUCAAGCAGUCUGAGAGACUCUUCAUCCUACAACCAUUUACAGUUGGAGCUCUCAAGAACAUGCGCAAUUACGAAGGUCAGACACCAGCUGGAGACCGCAAAACAGACGUGCUUACAAGAGCAGUCCAACUGGUCAAGACAAAGACUGAGAUAGUCGACUUCAUUCUUGCAGCUUGCCCAUACAAGUAA